GCCCGGACCCUCGUCCUCGGAGGAGCAGCCAGCUCGGCCCCUGGGAAGAUGGCGAGGGGGAGCCGCCACCGCCUCCUCCUGCUGCUGCUGCGCUACCUGGUGGUCGCCCUGGGCUAUCAUAAGGCCUGUGGAGUUUCUGCCCCAAAACACCAUCACGUAAUUACAGCAGUAGAGUACCAAGAGGCUCUUUUAGCCUGCAAAUACCCAAAGAAGACACUGCCAUCACGAUUAGAGUGGAAGAAACUCGGGCGGAGUGUCACCUUUGUCUACUAUCAACAGACUCUUCAAGGUGAUUUUAAAAAUCGAGCUGAGAUGAUCGACUUCAGUAUACGGAUCAGAAAUGUUACAAGAAGUGAUGCUGGGCAAUAUCGCUGCGAAGUUAGUGCCCCAACUGAACAAGGCCAGAACUUGGAAGAGGAUACAAUCACUCUGGAAGUAUUAGUGGCUCCAGCAGCUCCGUCAUGUGAAGUGCCCAGAUAUGCUCUGAGUGGAACUGUGGUAGAGCUACGAUGUCAAGACAAAGAAGGAAAUCCAGCUCCUGAAUACAAGUGGUUUAAGGAUGGCAUCCCUUUGCUAGAGAAUCCAAAACUUGGCUCCCAAAGCACCAACAGCUCGUACACAAUGAAUAUAAAAUCUGGAACUCUGCAAUUUAACACCAUUUCCAAACUGGACAGCGGAGAAUAUUCCUGCGAGGCCCGUAAUUCCGUUGGAUAUCGCAGGUGUCCUGGGAGACGAAUGCAAGUAGAUGAUCUUAACCUAGGUGGCAUCAUAGCGGCUAUAGUCAUUGUGGCCUUAGUGAUUUCCGUUUGUGGCCUUGGUGUGUGCUAUGCUCAGAGGAAAGGCUACUUUUCAAAAGAAUCCACCCUUCAGAAGAAUAAUUCUACAUCUAAAACCACUACGAGUGAAAAUGAUUUCAAGCACACAAAGUCAUUUAUAAUUUAAAAGAACUGCACCUUUGAGCUACGCCAAAACAAAAAUACAAUUACUAUAUGAGUUUUUAAAGAUUAUAAAACUUUACUUUGUCUUACAUUUGCCAAGAGGUACAUGAAGAAAUGAUAUUGGUAUCUUACUAUAAUUUUUGUGACUUUUAAAUCACCUGAAAUUGUUAUCAUUUUAAACAAAUAGCUCUGUGAACCCUUAAAAUACUGUCUAAUUUCUUGUGUCUGGAGAAUGUUAAGAGCACCAAAAUACUCUGUAAUAUACUGGGGUUUGUGAAAUGCUAACAAAUGUUCUAACUUCUAGAAAAAGCUACUAAAAUAUCUCAUACUGUCUGUGAAAUCAAUCCAACAGAACAUGAAGGGAGCAACUGUACAUAUUCCCUGUGCAAGGGUCUGAUUUAAGGCAUUCAAAAUAUACUGACAGAUGCAGACAGAAUGUCUGGUCUAGUUUCUACCAGAAUCCUCUUUUCUCCCCUAAAUAAUCCUUGUUCUGCUGCUCAUUUAUCACGAAUAUAUCCACUGAAGGGCAGUAGUGGGAUUGUAUCUUAUUUCCAAGGAUUUGUGCUCUGUUUACUUUCAUUUCUGAGAACUGAAAGCAACAUGGAGAAAAACACCUCCUGGCCGGCGCUCCCGAGAUGCGCUGUGUAGGACUCGUCUGGUGUCUGCUAUUUAUUUCUUCGUUAAACAUUAUUUUGAGAGUCAAACACAAACCCAAGCGGCUUCUUUCACCCCUGGGACUGCCUGUUGCUAUUUCCUUCCCUCUCAAGCCCCUUUAAAAAGGAUCAGUGAGCUUUGGAGUACCCACCAUGGCCUGGAGCUCGACUUUGGAAUUUGCGCGACUGGAGCCUCCAUGUAACCCUGCAGAUAACUUUCCCUGCGUGAACGGUGAUGGCAUGUCUUCCUGUCUCUGAGAACCGUAAAGUGAAAUUCUGGGCCGGCGAGCCCCUUCUGUUAGGGCAAGACAUUUGACAAUCCUGCUUGUAGCGAAGCAAGGAUAUGUAGGGGAGAAAGUAUUGUUGGACAAGUAAAAUGAGAUGAAAGAACACAUUGUGGUUCCCUGCACUUGACACGAAGUGGGCACAUAAGUGACAGCAGUUGAAGUGAAAAAUGAGUGUAAUAAUCUGGUUUCUCAACUGAUUAAUCACAAAGCCCCCCCUCCCAGAAAAAUAAAACAACAAACCUGUUUGUUGCCAUUGAGUUGAUUCUGACUCAAAAAUGAAAAUACCAGUGAUCAUAUUGAUAGGGAGAACAAUGACUCUAUGUUAAAAAGCGUAGUCAGUCACUGGGUGUGUGAACAGUCAAGCGCUGGACUACAAGCCAACAGGUUGGUGGUCAAACCCACUCAGAGGUAUCUUGGAAGACAGGCCUGGCAAUCUGCUUCUGAAAGGUUAUAGCCAUCGGAAACCCUACGGAGUAGUUCUACUCUGCGCACAUGAGGCCUCCAUGAGUUGGAAUCGACUCAACUGCAACUAACAACAUCGAAAGCAUACUCAUUUAUAACUUAUUUUAGUCAUUUCAUAUUCAAAACAAAAUAUGGCUAAGGCAUUUCCUGCUUUUCUAGGCAAAUCUGGAUGAAAAGGUCACUCACUGCCUUUGACAAACCUGGAGCACAGUUAGGCUGUUUUUAAGAGUUCAUCUUUCAUGUAAUGGGAUCUUGCAGCUCAAUAGGCAAAGCAAAUCCCCAGGAUUCACCGAACAAGUGAAUGGAUCGCACCGACUGUGUACCUAGCUUUGAGUGUGGACCCCAGGUCACCGGCAAGAUGUCUGUUGUCAGAAGCCCCCCUUGACUUGUCUGUGGCAUUUGAUACUCCUCAAUAGACUUCUGACCUCUUUCUAAAUAAAGGUCUGGCUUCUAUAACGUGCCUCAUCCCCAAAGGUCAAAUUAUCACCACAUUAGUCAGAAGGCUUCAAAUGAUUUCUGUAAUGGGCCAGAGUGAAUAUUUUAAGCUUUUCAGACCAUAAGUUCUCUCUCAUAACCAGUCAACUCUGCCUUUGUAGCAUGAGAGCAGCCAUAGACACUAGACAAAUGGGCGUGGCAGUGUUCCAAUUAAACUUUAUUGACAAAAAUAAGCAGCAGACAGGAUUUGGUCUGCAAGCAUAGUUUCUCAUCAUGUGGCCUUGAACCAUGAAAAAAUAUAUAUUUUAGUAAGAAAUCAGUGAAAUGUUCAUGGUUUGAGUGAAGAAUUUGGUUUGAGGAAUGCUUUCUUCUUGCAUUGUCAAGUGCCAAGGGAAUAUGUGAGUCUCAGAGAUGCCUCUUCAGGCAUACCUACUAUCACACAAGAUCAACUUCUUCAAUCUCAAUUCCACAAAUCUACAUUCUAGGGGAAAAAAAUGUAGUGCCUUAGCUUUACUAAUAGAUGAAAAGCUGGUUUUUAAUAUGUUAUAGGCCAGAGGAUUCAUUUUAGGCAGUACUAACAUCUAACGCUUUCUUUGUGUCGAAAAUAUACUAUACAUUAUGGUAAAAAUAUUGUAUUCGGCUAAGUGAAAAUCAUUGUGUAAAAACCACUUUCUCCCACCGAAAGGACACAGUAUUGAGCACUGGCUUUCUAAUUUUUAAAAGCAUGUCCACUGUGAGUCACCGGUGUCUGGACUUGUCUUUCCUUUUGCUUCUAUUUGAAGGACUUGAACUCUAACAAUUGGUAAAAUCCCAUUGUAAUCCUUAAAGACAUUUUGAUUUUAUUUGCCUGUAAGGAAAUUGUGUUGUAUAAGGAUUAGGGCUUUGGAAUGUUUAAUAGCAAGUUUUGUUUAAAAAAAAAAAAAUCUUUAUUGUUGCUGUUGUAACUAGAUUUAACUUAUUUUUAGUUGGGGGUUUAACCUAACUAAAUCUGGAACGAGUGAUUGUUUUUCAAUACAACUUUGCAAAGAGC